AUGGUCUUAACUGCGCUGGCUGGAAAAGACAGACCCGAAGCGGACAAACGCAGCUGUGCGCUGACAAACCGGCACGUCUCUGGUUCUUCAGAGCGGAGAAACGGCCAGGAAGGCGGGCAUGCUCUGAACGUGAGCGGCGGCCGAUCGGUGAAGGAGGCAGAGGCAGCGCGCAGCAGCACCCUGGGAGCGACCGUCCACACACACACAGUACAGAGAGAUGACCGAGGCUCGCGGAGCGCGCGUUCACGGCCAAGCCAAGUCAAUGGUCAUUAUGAGCGUGUGUGGAGAGUAAUCCACUGUGCACUGUUGGCUGCAGCUGCAUCCCUGCAAGACGACACGCAGGGAUCAGCAAAGAGAGCAAUUAAACAAUCAGAAUCUAGAGCGCAAUAUGUUAUUGGAUAUACACUGUGA